UACACCACCACCUGUCCCUCGUAAAAACAAUAACAUUCCUUCAAAGGAUCUAAUUAAUCACACUCGAAACAUAGCGGAUAAUCAGAUAUUAAUCUGCGCAAAAUGUAAUGGUGUACUUCAAGAGAAGUUGUGGGCAUUGGGUUGCGGGCACGUAAUUUGUGGAAGGUGUAGCACCGAAUUUUCAGGCAAAAAGAAAGUUCCCUGUCCUAGUUGUCAGACCAAGUCGAGGCCCAGCAGCAUGAUGCAGUUAUAUGUUUAG